AUGUGGUGGCAGAGAAGCAUCGCAGAAUCGCCUGCAUCAUCCAAGAAUGAUUCGGCAGAAUCAUUGUACCAACCUUCAAAGAUACCCAAAAGAGGAAAUUCUCAGAGUCCUAUCAUCAUGCCAUUCAGCACCAUACUUGUUGUCUCUGCUUUUGGAUUUGGUUUCUUAUCUGGUGUCAUGAGUGGUGCGCGUCAUACAGCUCUUGUGUAUCUUGCCGAAAAUGCACACAGACGACCAGAAACAGUGCAGGGCUGGUACUUUUAUAACAAAACCAAGUAUUACCGCAUGAUGAUGGGUGGUGUAAAGCAGGGAUCAAGAACGGGAUUAAAGCUCACAGGCUGGGUCGGUGGCUGGUGCUUGCUUGACGUACUAUCUGAGGAUGCUCGCAAAUAUUUAGCUGAAAAACAGCAAGAAUCUGAAAUGCCACAUGGCUCAUUUGUAAUAUCGAAGCUUGGCCAUUGGUCUGAUGGCGCCCUAGCAGGUGCUGUGACUGGCUUGAUCGGAUCUAUUGCCUAUCGUCUAUCAAGCCCUACGGUUCCACGCAUGCUUCUUUUGGGCGCUGUAGCGGGCGGUGCGUCCGGUGCCUUACGUGAUAUCCGACUGUCGCUGAUGCGUGGACAAGAUCCUCGUCAGCAACGUAGAGAAACCUUGUAG